AUGACUAUCUUCGGAAGACACGGUGACGAGGUUGAGGCCGCUACGACUAUGGCCAGCAUGGACGGCAUGGACAUGGACAUGAACAGCACAUCCACCAUGAUGGCCACCAUGAUGGUCGCUUUCCACAACGACAUCGCCACCACAUUAUACUCGGAGAUGUGGACGCCCACCAACGCCGGCACCUAUGCCGCCACCUGCAUCUUCAUCAUCCUGCUGGCCGCCAUCUUCCGCAGCCUAUUCGCCCUCAAGGCCAUCCAGGAGAGCCGCUGGCUCGACCAGGAGCUCAACCGCCGCUACGUCGUCGUCAAUGGCCGGCGCAGCAUGACAGAUGACGUGGCCCGCGACAACCUGAAGAGCAACAUGAUGCUGUCCGCCAACGGGCUCGAGGAGGAGGUCAUGGUCGUCAAGAAGAAGCACACCCACGCCCGGCCCUGGAGGUUCUCGGUCGACCCGCUCAGGGCCGUGAUCGAUACUGUGAUUGCUGGUGUGGGAUACUUGCUUAUGUUGGCUGUCAUGACGAUGAACCUCGGUUACUUCCUCUCUGUCCUCGGUGGCACAUUCAUCGGAAGUCUCGCGGCCGGGCGGUAUGCCGUCAUGUCGGAGCACUGA